UUUUGACUUUUGAGUUGCAAAUAGUUUCGAUGUAUUUUGGAUUUGAGGAACAAUGGGAACCGCAGGCGGGAGUGACCAUAUCUAUUUAACCAGCUAGUAUUUACUAGCCAAAAGUUUGACUAUAAUAUCCCAUAUAUUAUACAAUAUAUUGGGACAAUACCUAUUACUAAAUUUAGGAAUCUGGUUAUAAACCAUACAACUCUAAGACUUAAUUAAAAAACGAAACAAAUAAACAUAUUCAAAAUAUGUAUUUAAGACGAAGCACAACUGUGAAAUAUGUGAUAGCGGCAUUUAUUGGGGCAGUUGUUUACUGUGAAUGGUUUAUCUAUAUUAUACAGCAGCAAUACUGGACGGAACUGGAGUGCAAUGAGCAUGACACCACUUGUAAAAAGAUUUUAUUUAUAGCCGAUCCUCAAAUUCAGGGAGAUGAGGCAGUCCCACCUCCUUUGAGCUACCUCAUCAAUUGGGAUAGUGAUCGUUACCUGAGGUCAACAUUCAAAGUAGUAGUGGAUUAUUUGAAACCAGAUGUUUUGGUGUACCUGGGUGACCUGAUGGAUGAGGGGUCUAUUGCUACCAUGCCACAAUUCCAUGGCUAUGCGAAGAGACUGGCUAGUAUAUUUGAAUGGGACUUCCCUGCCGUGCAAGUCUGGAUACCAGGAGACAAUGACAUUGGUGGCGAGAACGAACCAGUUCGUCACAACAAAAUAGAGGAAUUUGAGAAAGUGUUCAAACAGCCGUCCAUUAUAGUAUAUUCUAAUAUCUCGUUUUACAAAGUAAACGCUAUUACUUAUACAUUCCCACAAAAGGCUGAUGAGAUCCCAGGCUUGGAGAACAACUUCAAGAUUGCUGUUUCCCACUAUCCAGUUACAGAGAAAUACAUGUUUGCUUACCAGGUAAUGAAAGCAAUCAACCCAGAUAUAUUCUUCUGCGCUCACGAUCACGAGUCAAAGUAUGUGAAACAGAAAAAGAACCUCUCCCAAAGAAAGACGACGUGGUUGAAUGGAGUGAGGCCAGUCCUCAACAUAUCGUUCGACGAGGAGUCUCUGUAUGAGGUCUACGUGCCAACCUGCUCGUACAGAAUGGGAACCAGCUCCAUUGGCUAUGGUGCUGCUGUUCUAGAAAACAACCAACAAAACAUGAGGUACACUGUGUUUUGGUCGCCAACCAGGUUUCCCUACUUGAUUCUCUAUUUAUCUAUGCUGGUCAUACUGAUUUUAUACUGCCUAGUGUUCUGUGUUGCCAGACUUUGCCAUAGAAAGUCCGCAUCAAUGGCCAAAAGUGCGGAUAUGUCUCCAUUGCUGCAACGAAUUUAGCACUUAUCUUAAUGUUUACAAGUGCCAAUGUUCAAUGUAUAUACUUAUUUAGACAUGUAUUCAUUUGUGGAUUUAAAUCUACUGUUUAUUGGUAGAUUCGAUUGGAUAAGGUAAGUCCAUAUAAAUAAGUUGUUCCAUAUAACUAUGCUUACAUAAUACACGGAAUUUCUAUGUAGCAAAUUGACAAAAAAUAUUGGCUAUGUGACUUGAAUUGUAGUGGCAUAAUUGUUACCCUAUAAAAU